AUGAAAAUCACCAGUCUAAAAAUCCGACUUUUAAGUUCUGAAAAUGUUCGUUUUAACGAAAAUUGUUCAUUACCUUGCACAGUAGAUCCCAACAGGAAAGAUGUUUUUGUGUCAUUUCAUGGUAACACGGAUGUUAGGCGGCUAUCAUCUGCCGAAUAUUACAACAUGAAUGGAAGUGCCAAUCGUCUGAAGUUGGAGCAAGACAGGAAGAAAGAACAAGGAGUGCAAACAAUCGAGACAAACAUACCUUCUGUAAAGUCAGCAGUUACUGAUAAAUAUAUUACGCAUGUGAAAUACAUGAUGCAACAUAAGGACACACUAUUUAGUUUUUACAAUUUUCAAACAGCAAGAGUCAAAUGGUGUAAUUACAUUAGAAAACAGCGUGCCCUCCAGGAUGCUGUAAAUAUCCUAAUUAACGGAUCAAAGAAGUACAAUAAAGGACGACGGAAGAAAACAAGAAAAAACAAGAAAAAACAAGAGAAAAAGACGCAAGACAGCUGCAAAGUAUCAAAGCAACACCCCUCAAGCCGGCUCAAGACAAAGAAAAAGUCUAACACUAAAUCUGAAUUUCCAUUUUUAUAUCGUCUGAAAAGGAAUAGACUUGUAGCAUUCUUAUUUGAUGACUCUUUUCACAUCAGACACGCGGGUGUUGAGUACAUGAGUGACAAAAGAGGGGAGCGCCUUUUAGUUGAAAAUGACAUCCGACAAACACCGUCCAAUGCGAGCAAAUACAACGCUCAACCCCCUUAUUCUUAA